GCGCGGCCCGCCCGGGGCCAUCCAAGUCAGUCGCUCCCCUGCGACCUGGGUCCCGGGCGGCGGCGGCGGGGCUCCUGGGCCUCGCUCCUCGCCGCCGGCCGCUCUGCUCCCAGGCGCUUCCUGCUCGGGCGGCCGCGCGCCAUGGACGCUGGAGCUCGGCCUGGGGGCGGCGGUUGCAGCUGCCCGGCCGCGCUGUCCCGCGAGUACAAACUGGUGAUGCUGGGCGCCGGCGGCGUGGGCAAGAGCGCUAUGACCAUGCAGUUCAUCAGCCAUCGAUUCCCAGAAGACCACGAUCCCACCAUUGAAGAUGCUUAUAAAAUCCGGAUCCGUAUUGAUGAUGAGCCUGCCAAUCUGGACAUCUUGGAUACAGCUGGACAGGCAGAGUUCACAGCCAUGCGGGAUCAGUACAUGAGGGCUGGAGAAGGGUUCAUCAUCUGCUACUCUAUCACGGAUCGCCGGAGUUUCCAUGAAGUUCGCGAGUUGAAACAGCUUAUUUACCGCGUUCGGCGCACGGAUGACACGCCUGUGGUUCUCGUGGGAAACAAGUCUGACUUGAAACAGCUAAGACAGGUCACCAAGGAAGAAGGGCUGGCUCUGGCCCGAGAAUUCAGCUGUCCCUUUUUUGAGACUUCUGCUGCAUACCGCUACUACAUUGAUGAUGUUUUCCAUGCACUUGUCCGAGAAAUCCGUAGGAAAGAAAAGGAGGGAGUACUGGCCAUGGAGAAAAAAUCUAAACCCAGAAGCAGUGUCUGGAAGAGGCUGAAGUCCCCAUUCCGGAAGAAGAAGGAUUCAGUGACUUGAGGAGGCGGGCGCUUCCCUGUGUGCUGCAGAGCUUGCUCCGAGCGCCCUCCAUAACCUGCAGUAGUGACUGGUGCCUGCUCUUUCUCCUGCUAAUGACCAUUAUUCUAAAAGUACCUGAUGAGGGGGAUGCGGCUCCUCGGGGUUCCAGUGAUGUGGUGUUUAAAGUAUCAUUUCUUAGUUGAUUCUGAUUAACCAGCAGAGCGCUGUCUGCUUUGCAGUUGUCACAUUAGGACUUGAUCUGCCACUGUUGGGGUCACGUUGCUGAUAUUAAUCCACGGGAGUCGUUCGCACAGGAGAGUGUGUGGCCCUGUGUGUGUGUGUGAGCAAGUGCACAGCGGGGCCCUGUCCGCCUCCGCCUCAUUUCCUGGGACCGCCAGGGCAGGGCCUGGUCCUGCUUCCCGCAUGCCCUUCCUGGAGACACGAGAACUCAGUGCUAGAAAGACCAGCACCCAGACAGCUGAGGAGCUGGCUCCUGUUGCAGACUGGAGCAGGAGCAGGAGCGGGACUUGCAAGGUGUGAGUGGGAGGAGCCUGCUUUGCUGAGAAACGCACACUUGCCCAGGCGGGUGAGAGCCGAAGUCACGCUCUCCCCUGGAGACUUUUUAAGGAUUUGCCUUUCUUUCCCUUCAAAGGCAAAUGCUUGGGAGCGGUUACUGGCUUGCUGACCCGUGUCUGAAUCCUAAGCUGGGAGAGCCAGUGCCGUGAGCAGGCCUGUGUCCGCAAGGACCCACACUCGGUGCAGACUGCUCCCCCGUGCUCGCUCUCUGUGCUCAGAGGAGUUAGCCCUGGCAAGAGCUUUUUAGGGCCCGUGUUUGGCCGGCUGCAUCUUCCGUACAGAGGAGACACCAGGAGCUUGAAUAUGUCAUGGAUGUGCCUCCUUGACCUCCAGAGUUGUUAGGCUCAGGGUUCCAAGGGAGCACGUGGCCAGGUGGCGUGCAUCUGUAAUCUCAGCAUUGGGGAGGCUGAGGCAGCAGGGUGGCCUCGAGUUCAAGGCCAGCCUGAAGAACAUGGUGAGACCCUGUCUCAAAAAACCAAAAAAAAAGCCUGUGGCUUUUCAGUUCAUUGGGUCAGUCUGGAAGCUUUAAUGUCCACGUGUAGUUUGUAACCUGCAGAUUGCCUGCGAAGGACCUUACAGCGUUCACCUCAGGGUUGCGUGGCCUUGACAAAGUUCAGACUAAGAGAAAACCGCUUGGCUGUGUGUGCGUGUUGCAAAACUGUAGUCCUAGGAAGGAACAGCUUUAACUCGGUUGCGAGCGCUCUGCGAUCUACGCCUGUGCUCGCCGAAGGGCGAGGGCGGCACCUCCCCUGGAGUAGCAGUGUCACUGGAGCGGCUUCAUCUCCUCUCGACUCUCAGGCAACCUGCUGUGGCACCCCUGGAAAAGACCCCGGCCCAAGUUGCUCUUCUCCACUGCUAUUAAAGGCAGGAGGACAGGGUUAUUGUGGGGUUUUUAUAGAUCAGUGGUCUAGGGUCCAGAUGUAAAGAAAAGUGACCGAUAGAACAUUUUUAGCUCUGAGCAGUGGUCCCUUGUGAAACCCUGAGACACUCUGUAGUGGAUCAGCCCUGUUUCGGGUGCUCAACCCAUCCAGAAGUGAGAGCCACGAGCUGAGUCUGUGGGUCUCAGGAACCACAGUACGGGGAACGGGAGGCAGAAAAGAAACGCAGCACGGCUCCACUGUGAUAUUGCACCUCGUGUAAACUGGUUCAGGCCUUUCACGUUCAGCGCCUCAGCUUCUCAUUACCGAUGACCUAGGGAAUUGCCAUUAGCACCCAGCGAGGAAGUGUCACUGUAUAAUUCUCGAAGGUCAUCAAGGCAGCGGAGGACAUUGCCAGCCCGAAGGGUCUGUAAGAAGUGAACGUGCACUGCGUAUAGAAGCCACCAGGCAGGGACUUUGGGGCAGUCUCUGUCACGUGUUUGCCCCUUGGAUGAACCAGUCUCUUGGAUGGUGCUGAGGAGGACUGCUAGACGGUGUCAGGGUACAACGUGUAAGUCACAGCUUUAUUCUGAGCGUAGGCAAUUUAUGAGCUCUAAUCCACUUUAUCCAGUCUGAGGGCAUUCAAAUUAAUUAAGACCUGGAACUUCAAAGAGAGACAUUCAGGAAGGAGUUGAAAGGCACUGGAACUAUUCGUGUCCAUACUGGAUGUGUAAGACAAGAUUAUUAAAAAAACCAAGCUGGGCCUAGGGGUCCACGCCUGCAAUCCUCGCUCCUCGGAGGCUGAGGCAGGAGGAUCAGGAGUUCCAGGCCAGCCUAGACUAAACACCAAAGCCAAACAUGGAAAAGCUAGUGUCUAGAAUUAGCUGUUCAGAAUUCAGAAGGGGACAUUUGUUUUAACUUUGUGAUGUAUGAGCAAAAAUGGGGCCUGCCUACUGUGAUGUUUGGGAAAAAGGGAGUUUUUCCCUUUUGCACUUGUAUAUGAAGACAGUUUGUAGGACGCAAUACAAAACUUUUAAACAGUU